CUACAAUCCAUGAAUGGCGUAAACAAAUAUUUUCUUUUCUAAAACAAGACUUCCUUGCUCCUUUGACUAGAUGUUCUAGAUAUUUUUAGAGUUUGAGAAGUCUGAGGUCACGAAGAAAUCCAAAUAUGGGAAAUUCCAUAAAACCGCACAUUGACAGAGCGGAAAAGAGUGGUGUCUGUCAGCUCUGUGGGAAGGGUCUCUCAGAGUUUCCACCAGACCUGAUGAAAUUAACUAAAAACCUGAGGACCUUAGACCUAUCUGAUAAUAACAUGACAAUGCUGCCAAAGGGUAUUGGACAAUUCACUAUGCUAAGGAGUCUUCUUAUUAAUAACAACAGGCUAGCUGCAUUGCCUGAUGAAUUUGCAACUUUGUCAAAAUUAGAGACAGUUUCCCUGAAUAACAACAGAAUUGCAAGUUUGCCUUCAUCGUUUGGAAAGUUGAGAUCACUAAGAAGUAUCUCAUUGUGUUGCAAUGGUAUUAAAAGAUUCCCACUAGAACUGUGUUCCCUUAAACAGAUUGAUGUGGUGGACUUGUCUCAAAAUAAGUUGUCAUGUAUACCACAGGAAAUCAGUGCAUUGCAAGCUAUAGAGCUGAAUAUUAAUCAGAAUCAGAUAUCAACAGUACCAGAAGCUAUUGCCAGUUGUCCUCGCUUAAAAGUUUUAAGAAUGGAAGAAAACUGUCUUCAAUUGGAUUCAAUUCCACACAAACUAUUGACUGACUCACAAGUAUCUCUACUUUCUGUCGAUGGAAAUCUGUUUGAAAUGAAACAACUGCAUGAUCUGGAUGCCUAUGACAAGUAUAUGGAACGGUACACUGCUACAAAGAAGAAGUUCCAGUGAAGAUAUACAUGGAGUCGGCAGGCGGUGAAGUGAUUUUGUGAACUGUAUGUUGUUAUAUAUAUAGGGAUCAGAGGAUCCAAUGAGUUAGCCUGUAGUCAUAUUUAUUAAAACCCACAAAUGAGUUUUUAGCUCCACUGACGACUUUGUCGAGUGGAGUUUAUCAUAUGAGUGAUCGUCGUCUAUGUGAACUUUUUACUUUUUCGACUUACUAGUAUUCUUGAAAACUACAAUUCUUAUUGCUUUGAUUCUUGAUGUAUAUGUACCGUGGGCAGACCUCUCUUAGAUUUGUUCAAUUUGCGAUGAUUCUCUAAAUUUAAUGCCUAUUUUUGGUAAAAAGGAAUAUUUUUGACUUCUUGUUGAAAAGUCAGAAUGUUUUGAUAUCACAUAUAUGGGCACCUCAUAUGGAGCUCUCUCAGAUUUGUUCAUUCGUGAUGAUAUCUUUAAUUCUUUAUUUUUGAUGCAUAUUUUUGUCAUUUUUAGUAAAAAGAAAUUCUUGUCAAAUAGGCCUCUCUCAGAUUUGUUCAUUUUCUAAUGAUAUCUUCUGUUCUUUAAUUGACACGUGCAUUGCUAACAGCGGAGCUAUCUCAGCCGAUAGGCUGCUUGUCUUUAUAUUAUAAAGGUCGUAUUCAUCCUUCUACAUCCACCUUUUAGUGUUUUUCAGUGCGAUCAAUAUUUGUUUCUGUCUUUAAAUUUUGUAGUUCCGUGUUUGUGCAUCAUCACAUUGUAUUGUACAAAUCUUCUGCAUAAUUUCAACAGCAAAUAAAUUGUAUUAGUAUUAGUAAGUGCAUGAUUAAAGAAUCUUUUCUAUGGACAAACUAA